AUGGAAGAUUUUCAGAAGUCUUAUAUAUUUUCCCACCCUUCCUCCUAUUCACAAUCCUCCUCCUCCUCGUCAAAUCAACACCCAUUGUCUAUUAGUGCUGAAUGCUGGCUGGCAGCCGAAAAUUUUACCCAACAGAUACUAUUUGUCAUACAACCAACUAUAAUUUCUGAACACAAGAGGAUGCAAGUUAUUCACUAUGUUCAGAAACUGCUUAGAGAUAAAUAUGGGAUUGAGGUAAGAAAUCUUCUUCCCUAUUUUUUACCCAAAACUGUUGAGAAUAAUGGCGAGCCUUUCUUUUCUUAUGACAGUUUUCCUGCCUGCCUUUAG